AUGAAGUGUGCGACAAUGGCGACAAAAGCAAUCUCUUCCAAGCCACCGAACUGUAAUAAAUUUAAUCGGAACUAUUUACAAAACUUCGCACUAGCUAUAAAUAAUUCCGUGAUGAAUUUAGAUGUGGAUCUGAUACGACCACUAGACUCGGGCCUACGGCUAAAUAUUGAGUUCUUCUCCGGUAACCUUAAAUCGAGUAACUACCAAAGCUUUUAUCAAUACUCUCUCGACAUGUGCAAUCUUCUAAAUGUUCGAAAAAUCAACUUGUUCAACAAAUGGAUUACUAAUUUCAUACAAAAUGGCAAUUUUAUACGUGGUUGUCCCUUCCCAGCGAAUCAUUAUUAUAUCAAAAAUUACAAUAGUUCGGGACUUGUUAUUCCAUCGUUCUUUUUUAAGGGGUCUUAUCGCAUAGCUAUUACUUUGUUCCAGAACAAGAAAGAAUAA